GCUAGUAUUCGAGACUGACCACGACCUCAAACUGUCACUGAGGUCAGAUCUUUCUUAGGAAUGUGCGGCUACUAUAGGAACUUCGUAAAUAACUAUUCUACAAUUGCCUCUCCUUUGAUGGAUCUAACUCGGCUUGACACGCCGUGGGACAAGAGUGACGAGUGCGAGGGUGCUUUCAAGCAAUUGAAGCAUGCACUCAUGAAUCAUGAAGUUCUCAUGGUUCGCGAUCCUCAGAAGCCGUUCAUAGUGACCACUAACGCAAGCCAAUAUGGCAUUGGCGCAAUGUUGGCUCAUCAGGAUGGGAAGAAGUUGAGACCGAUUGAGUACAUGAGUAAGAAGAUGCCAUCAAAGUCCACCUAUGAAAGGGAACUCUAUGCUCUCUACAAGGCACUUGUCCAUUGGAAACAUUUUCUGUUGGGACGAUUCUUCUAUUUGAGGACUGAGCAUCAGACACUCAAAUGGAUCAAGACUCAACCGGCUCUUUCUGAUGCACUCAAGCGAUGGAUUGAGGUCAUAGAUCAAUAUGACUUCAAGCUUGAGUAUCUGAAGGGAAAGUACAACAAGGUUGCAGAUGCGCUAUCACGUAGGGCAGACUACCUAGAGGCGUUAGUUUCUCACUUUGGUGUAUCGGAAGAAGUAACUCAAUCGUUGGUGGGAGCCUAUCAGGAAGACCCUGUCACGAUGGACAUCGUGCGCAAACUUCAGGCAAAAGACAAGGCCACGGAAAGACAGAGUGUUUCCAUGGAUUUCAUGGACACCCUGGUGACCAGUAAGAGUGGCAAGAGGCACAUUUUCGUCAUCAUCGAUCGAUUCACCAAGUACGCUAGACUAGUUGCCAUGCCAGAGACCGCAAGGACUGACCAUGUCAUCCAGUUGUUCAAGGACAACUGGGUGCGUGACUUUGGCUUACCAAAGACAAUCGUUAGUGACAGAGAUGUCUGCUUCACAAGUGAGCUGUGGAAGAAGACUGCUGAGCAGAUGGGCAGUUAACUUCAAAUGACUUCAGGGAAUCAUCCCGAAGCCAACGGACAGGCCGAGCAAAUGAACAAAGUUGUACAGCACCU